GGCAAGUCGAGCUGUCAUUGUUGGCUUCAGAUGGGACGCGUGGACAUCCCUUUGGGUCCUGACCCUGGCGCGGAGACAGCGGAGGCUUUUCCCCGCUGCGCGUGGUGUGGUGAUGCAUCCAAGACAGUCUGUGGACGUUGUAAGGUCCGUGCUUAUUGUUCUGCUGAAUGUCAACAGCUUGAUUGGAAAUCUGGGCAUCAAACCGCAUGCACGCCAAUGGUGCAGAGGCAGCUGCCAGUGACAGAGGAACAUUUCCAGUUCUAUGAGGUUCCCUAUGUGGCGCACUGGGCAAUCAAUCUGCAGAAUUGGAAGAUCAAAAGCAACAGCAAAGAGUACGCCUUUUUGCUGAGCCGCAUCCCCGAUGCCGAUGUGCGGCGGCAGAUUACCACGCAGCGAAGCUGGCCCCAAGCGAAGUUAGCCUUGGCCAAGGAACUGGCAGUGCGCCGCAUGGCCGAAAUUUUAACGCAGGCCAUGUGGACGAAAGUCAGUUGGAAGCACGAAGACAUUAGCGACAGGGACUUCCUCCGAAAUCGGGAGGAAUAUGUCUGGACUGGUCAGAAGUACCAGAAUUCCAAUCGUAGAUUUCCAAACUUUAACUUUUCCAUGUUUGACACGGACGAUUAUCUCUUUCUGGUGACACAUCCGCUGGCAAUCACUGGAGUCUAUGCCAGUGGACCACUGACUGAUGCUAUGCCCGAUCCCAGAGAAGCUUUUGCAGAAGAGCUGAUGGAUGGACAGCAGACUGACAUUCCGAGGGCUUCUGAAGAGGACGAGGAUUCCAAAAUGCUGGGAGCUACGGAGCUGCGGGACAUCUGUGAAGCCGACAGUUGCAGGGAACGUCGUGCGCGGCUGCAACAUGCACUGGUGGGGAAGUUUGCCUACUUUCGCACCCUGGGUCAGACUACAGGUCGUCAGUGGAGCCAAGUGGUUUUGGGGCAACAUCCAGUUGCUGAGUCAGUUCCAGGAGGCACGUUGGAUCCCGACGAGGCAGAUGGACCCUGGCGGCCUCGGCGGCAUCCGCUGCAGGUGGCUGGGACGCAGCAGUCGCGGUGGCGCUGCGAAGUGCACCGCUGGCGGGAGAACCACAUUGUGGUGUGUCGUGGCCCACCAGAUGAGGCCAUGGAUCCCAAGGGGGACUUUCAACAGACGCAGGCGAAGAGAUUUCCAGAAAUUGAUACCUUUGAUAAAGCCUUGGACCAUCCCGAGCCGGAGUUUAUCGAGGUGCCCAUCCAGCAACUGUUGCCAGAAAAAUGGCACUCAGAUUAUGUACGGGCCUGCGGGGGUGGAGAGCGUGGUGAACAGACCAGGAUGAACUAUUCAGGCUACUAUCAGCCGGACAUCCCCAAAAUCUGAGCAACAACAGUUGCCCGGGUCUUGUUUCACACAGACGCGUGCAGGUACCGUCCAUCAUGCGAUCUUGGACCAGGGUGAAAAGCUG